AUGAAGGGUACUUUCGUAUCCGCGCUUGCGCUGCUAGCCAGCCAGGCCGCCGCUCACAUGGCCAUCACCUACCCGCCGCCUCUGCGAUCCAAGGAGAACCCCUACUCUGGUUAUGAUAUCGACUACAGCAUCACCAGCCCCUUGAGUGCUUCCGGCAGCGACUUCCCCUGCAAGGGCGACUUGAAGCUUCUCGGCACCCCCGAGGCUACCCCCGUCGCCACUUGGCAGGCUGGCCAGACUUACAACAUGACCAUCGCCGGCGGUGCCAACCACAAUGGUGGUAGUUGCCAGGCAGCCCUCUCCUUCGACAGCGGCAAGACCUUCACCGUCAUCCACAGCUACAUCGGCGCUUGUCCCGCCGCUGGCACCUCUUCUCUCAAGUUCACCUUGCCCGCCGAUACCCCUUCUGCAAAGGAUGCCAUCUUCGCCUGGACCUGGUUCAACAACAUCGGUAACCGAGAGUUCUACAUGAACUGUGCUGUCAUCACUAUCACCGGCGGUGGCGCCGGAGGCAGCACUGCCACCUCGUUCAACAGCCGUCCCCAGAUCUUCAAGGCCAAUAUCGCCAACGGCUGCAGCACCGUCGAGGGAUCCGACGUCAUGUUCCCCGACCCCGGUCCGGAUGUUACCAUGGCUGGUACUAAAACCGCUGCUCCUGUCGGCAACUGUGGUGCGGUCGUUGCUCCUAACCCUGGCACCGGUGGCGGUGGCAGCGGCAGCGCUCCCAGCAGCUCUAAGUCCGUCGAAGCUGCCCCGUCUGCCACCCAGGCUCCUCAGUCGAGCACUCUGGCCCCUACCACCACUCGUCCUGCUGGAGGCGCAUCGUCUCUCCCUGGCGGCGUCUUCAUGACAGUCCCGGCCCCCAGCAACGCCUCUGCUGCCUCGUCUGUUCAGCCGACUACCUUCGCUACCGUCAGCCAGCCAGCUGCACCUAGUGACGACUGCACCUCGGAACUUGGGGUUACCGUGAGUGUGCCAGCUGCUUCGUCCGCCACGCCUACCCUCGCACCUUCUCCCAGUGCCGGAUCUGGUGGUGAUGCUGCCGAUGGCUCUAUGACGCCUGGUAAGGCUUGUAACCCCGAGGGUCAGUGGAACUGUGUCUCUGGUACCCAUUUUCAGCGUUGCGCCUCUGGCCAAUGGUCGGUCCUCAUGAGUAUGGCUCCUGGCACCAAGUGCCAGUCUGGCACAACCGAAGUUUUGGUUUGGCAGAAGAAGAGAGCUCACGGUCGCCGAUCGAUCCGCUUCAGACACCACAUCUAA